UGACCUCGUUCCACUAUUUCUCGGAAAAAAGUAAAAGGGCAGAAUUGUUUUGCUAGUUGAACAAAUUUUGCCAAUUUUGUACAAUUUUUAUACAAUUCACAGCAUUAUUAUGGUUAACAUAUGCAGGAGAUGACUUUGCAGUAAGCACUCCAAAUAAUCAAGUUUGGUCAUGUUUCCGUUUCCAUGACCAUGCAAUCGACAAUUUGUUUCCAAGAAGUAGGCAACUUUCCACAGAAAGAUCAUAAUGCAACACGUGCAAUUACUAGUUCCGUGUUUGGUGGCCGUAUUUUCUAUAUCAUUAAUGGUUAUAACGUAUAUUUACAAAAUGAGCAUUGCUGAUCAUAUUGGAAAUCAAGAUGUUGCAGACCAUAUUUCAAUUGGCAUUUUGUCUGCAAGAGAGAAUUUUGAGCAAAGGAAUUCGAUACGUAAAACCUGGGUUAGGUUUUUACAAAAAAAUAAUGAAAAUCUGAAAAAAAGAUACCAAAUCAGCCACAAGUUUAUUGUUGGGUCAAGAAGUUGUGAAAUCCCAUCUGAAGAUAGAAUUUCUGAGUUCUCUUGUAAAUGGGAUGCAUAUAUUGGAUCAUAUCAAGAUCAGGAUAUAUUUGCCUAUAAAAUAGACAAAGAUUCAAAAUUUGUUUCAGACAAUCUACCAAUUGGGUUGGACUUUGAGGUUCUUCAUCCAAUCAUUGUUAGCAAACUUGGGGUCACUGCUUCAUCCAGCAAUAAGGGAUUCUCUAUAAAGGUUGCAUUAUUCGAUAGAACCACAAAGGCAGAAGUUGUUUUUGCAAACUUCAACAAGUUGGAUUCAGUAAUAAAUGGUUUCUGGAUUAAGGAUGUGGAUAACUACCUUCUUCCAAAAGAAUUCAGAGGAUCUUUAGUGGUUGAUUCGUUUGGUCAAGAUUUUCAUUAUGCUCAAGCUGAUGGCCCUUGUAACAUCAAUGAUGGUGGUGGCUUAUUGAAGUUUUUUAAGCUAACCAGACAUGGACCAAUAUCUGGGUAUUUUCCAGAUAAAGUAGUUGAGCAGAAAACAUAUUGCAGUUUGGUUGCAGGAACAUUUGUCUUCAAACGAAAAGCUGAUGAUAACUUGAGGCCGAGAAAUAUCUCAACAAAAGCAGCUGAAAGGAAAAACAGGCUUAGACUGUGGGGGGAAAAGCUACAAAGAGACCAACAGCUUUUAGCUGAAGAGACAAAGAAACACAAUGACAUCCUAAUUGUUGAUGUUAAAGAUUAUUAUAGAAAUUUACCAAAAAAGCUGUUGAUGUUCUAUAAAUGGGCAUCAUCUCAAAAUGGACUUCAGUUUACAAUAAAAACCGAUGAUGACUGUUACCUGAAUAUUCCUAAAAUUCUCCAGGAAAUAUCCUCAAUGAAUCUAAGUAGCAGAGAUAGCUUGUGGUAUGGAAGCUUUAGGUUUGAUUGGCCAGUGGAUUUAUUUGGAAAGUGGGCAGAGAAUGAGUAUCCAUCUUCUAUGUACCCAGCUUUUGCAUGUGGCUCUGGUAAUCUUGUAUCAAAAUAUGUUGUUGACUGGAUUGCUUUGAAUUCCAACUUUUUACAUAGCUAUCAGGGUGAAGAUGUCUCUAUGGCAAUAUGGCUAUCAGCUAUUCUCCCAAAGAUAGUAAAUGAUAACCGCUGGUCUUGUUUCAAGAUUUGUGACAAGAAUAUGCUUAGCUUGCCAAACAAUAGCCCAAAAGAAAUUUCAUCUCUUUAUGAAAAUCAUUUGAACUGUAGCAAUCCUUGUGGAUGUACUUCCUAGCAAUUAAUAUAUUUUUUGUAACUUACUAAGUUAUAAAAAGUCAUAAAUUU